CCGGGAGCCCUGCGCGCCGUGGUGUUCUGUGCCUUGCCGGUCUGUUCCCUCCGAUUGUGCCUAGCAAUGACCACCCAGCAGAUUGUUCUCCAGGGCCCGGGACCCUGGGGUUUCCGACUCGUGGGCGGCAAGGACUUUGAGCAACCUCUCGCCAUUUCCCGGGUCACUCCCGGGAGCAAGGCUGCUAUAGCUAACUUAUGCAUAGGAGAUUUGAUCACAGCCAUUGAUGGGGAAGAUACCAGCAGUAUGACACACUUGGAAGCUCAGAACAAAAUCAAGGGCUGCGUAGACAACAUGACGCUCACAGUAUCCAGGUCUGAGCAGAAGAUUUGGUCUCCUCUAGUGACCGAGGAGGGGAAACGUCACCCCUACAAGAUGAAUUUAGCGUCGGAACCCCAAGAAGUCCUGCACAUCGGAAGUGCCCACAACCGUAGUGCUAUGCCAUUUACCGCCUCACCUGCUCCUGGCACCCGGGUCAUCACAAACCAGUACAACAGCCCUACCGGCCUCUACUCAUCUGAAAACAUCUCUAACUUCAACAAUGCAGUGGAGUCAAAGACCUCAGCCAGUGGGGAGGAGGCGAACAGCAGGCCCUCGGCUCAGCCUCAUCCCUCCGGCGGCCUUAUCAUCGACAAGGAAUCCGAAGUUUACAAGAUGCUUCAGGAGAAGCAAGAGUUAAACGAGCCCCCCAAACAGUCCACAUCAUUCCUGGUUCUGCAGGAGAUCCUGGAGUCGGAUGGGAAAGGGGACCCCAACAAGCCAUCAGGAUUUAGAAGUGUUAAAGCUCCAGUCACCAAAGUGGCUGCAUCUGUUGGAAAUGCUCAGAAGCUGCCCAUCUGUGACAAAUGUGGAACCGGCAUUGUUGGUGUGUUUGUGAAGCUGAGGGACCAUCAUCGCCACCCUGAAUGUUAUGUGUGCACCGACUGUGGCAUCAACCUGAAACAGAAGGGCCAUUUCUUUGUAGGGGAUCAGAUUUAUUGUGAAAAGCAUGCCCGGGAGAGGGUCACACCACCUGAGGGCUAUGAUGUGGUCACAGUGUUCCCCAAGUGAUCGAGAGGACCUGCCCUGUCUGCUGCCCUCCAGCCUGCCUGCUGCACCUGGUUGUCAGAAUGUUCUGGUUCUCUCCUCCCUGACAGUCCUGUGCUUAGUGUUAGUCCUGCUCAGUAAACAUUGAGUUUCUCCUGUACUGACUGACCCUGACUGGCAGUGUGACACCUGCUUUUACAUUACCGGGAGGUGGUUUUGUCCCUGUCCCCUCACCCACACCACAAUGCACCUUCUUCCCUUGGAGUCUUCCCUGCUGAAAAUGGACAUUGGUCACAUUGGAAUUAAGCCAAAUGUUUUAUCUCUGAUGUUACUUUGUUUUACUUAAUAAAUUUAGACUUUAAAGC